GUAGGCCCAUCAACAAGACGAUGUCGUAUGACCAACCACACUCUAUAUAAACAGUCUGUUAACCUAGGGUUUCGUAGAGCACGUUUUAGUAUCAGCGCGCCGCCGAUUUGCAGCAGGUCCGCCACCGCAACCAUGGCCGUCGGGAAGAACAAGAGGAUCUCGAAGGGGAAGAAAGGAGGGAAGAAGAAAGCAGUUGAUCCGUUUGCAAAGAAGGAUUGGUAUGAUAUCAAAGCCCCAUCAGUUUUCAAUACCAGAAACAUUGGCAAAACCCUAGUUACUCGUACUCAGGGUACCAAGAUUGCUUCAGAAGGGCUCAAGCAUCGUGUUUUUGAAGUAUCUUUGGCUGAUCUUCAAGGUGAUGAAGACCACUCCUUCCGGAAGAUCCGAUUGAGAGCUGAGGAUGUUCAGGGAAAGAAUGUUCUCACCAACUUCUGGGGUAUGAACUUCACUACUGAUAAAUUGAGGUCACUUGUAAGGAAAUGGCAAUCCCUGAUUGAGGCUCAUGUUGAUGUCAAGACUACGGACAACUAUACUCUGAGGAUGUUCUGCAUUGGCUUCACUAAAAAGCGUGCAAACCAGCAAAAGAGGACAUGCUAUGCACAAUCAAGCCAGAUUCGCCAAAUACGCCGUAAGAUGAGGGAGAUCAUGGUAAACCAGGCACAAUCCUGUGAUCUCAAGGAUUUGGUUCAGAAGUUUAUUCCUGAAUCGAUUGGGAAAGAGAUUGAGAAAGCAACCUCAAGCAUUUAUCCUCUGCAGAAUGUGUAUAUCCGGAAGGUUAAAAUAUUGAAAGCUCCCAAAUUUGACCUUGGCAAGUUGAUGGAGGUUCAUGGUGAUUACAGUGAAGAUGUUGGUGUGAAGUUGGACAGGCCUGCUGAGGAGCCAAUGGUCGAGGCAACUGAAGUAGUUGGUGCCUGAAUGGAUGCCUGUUACGCCUUCUGUCAGCAGGUUUUGCUUGACAGACACAAGAAUAUGAAGUACUUCAUAUUUUGUUUUUUUGAAGUAAUUUAGGAAGAACUUUUAUGCUGAAAAGAGAGAAUACUGUAGUACUCAGCUACUAGAAAACAUGAUAUCCCAUGUAUUUUGAGUUACCGUGUUGAUUUCUUUUUGCGGAAUUCUAAUCUUUUUUUUACUAUUUGAUUUACGUGGUUAUGAUCUGUUGGGGUUUAUUCCCCUUC